GACAGUGAUGAAAUUCUAUUAUCACUCAAGCACUGAAAGAGUCGCAGGCAGGACGCACAGUGAGUUCAGCUCGGACCUGUUUCACUUUUAAGACAAACUAACGUCACUUCAGAACUUGUUGAUUGUCUUUAGCCGUUUACAAACACUUCUCGCUAUAGUUACAGUCAGUUCGCUCUCGUCUUUUGGACUUAGGCUACUUGUCCAUGAAAUAGGCGCUUAAACGUUUAGCUUCGCGGACACUGAAAGUCAUUUCAUUUGAUUUAAAGUCAUUUAGCAGUUUACGGUGAUACUUACGUAUCACCACUAAACUCUGUGGUCAGUCAUGUACAGCAUGCUGGAACACGACAUGAAGUCCGCCGUGCCACCGACGCACCAGAGCGCGCAGGGAAUGACCCAGCUGAACGGUGGAGUGACUCACGGAACCGGCAAACCGACUGUCAACAGCCAACAACAACAGGGUGGCGAUCCUAUGGACAAAGUUAAGAGGCCAAUGAACGCGUUUAUGGUCUGGUCUCGGGGUCAGAGGCGCAAAAUGGCACAGGAGAACCCCAAAAUGCACAACUCUGAGAUCAGCAAGCGCCUGGGCGCCGAGUGGAAGCUGCUGACGGACGCGGAGAAACGGCCGUUUAUCGACGAGGCCAAGCGGCUUCGCGCACUGCACAUGAAGGAAUACCCAGAUUAUAAAUACAAACCCCGCCGUAAAACAAAACCCGUGCUGAAGAAGGACAACCCGGCUGCUAAGUAUCCCCUAUCAGCCGGUAACUUACUGGCGGCAGCCGCGGCUCAGGGGUCAGGUGGAAGCCCGCGGAUGGACAGCUACGGCUGGGGUCACACAGGUGGCUAUGCUGGCAUGCAGACGGACGCUCUGGGUUACAGUCAGCAGCUUCACCGCUAUGAUCUGUCCGCCCUGCAGUAUCCAUCCGCCAUGGCCACAGCACAGUCUUACAUGAAUAGUGCCAACUCCUACACCCCCAUGUCUUACAGCAGCACUCCACAGCAGCCCAGCCCGGUCAUGUCCAUGGUGAAACCGGACCAGGUGUCUCACUCUCCCACCGGAGCCCACAGCCAUCAGAGGGGUCCUUUACAAGGAGACCUGAGGGACAUGAUUAGCAUGUAUAUCCCUGGUGGAGACACCACAGACAGUGGAGCACAGAGAGGCUAUUCCAAUAUCCAACAGCAUUACCUCUCCGGUACAGCACCUCUCACUCACAUCUGAUCAGGAAACUGUCAUUACCUUCCUGUUUCAGCUCUGCAUGGAGGGCCAGCAGUGUCGGUUGUAGAUGCGUGAACAUUAACUUGAUAUGUAAA